AGGUGAGGUACAUUGAAACUGAAUUUAAGAAGUCCGCUCCAUGCAACAGUUCUGAGUGUUGUCACACUUCAUUCGCGUUUGUUUCGUUUAUUGUCACUUCACUUUCCACCCCUAUCUCAUUUCCACCCGCCGAUUAAGUAAGUUAACCCAUAAUUUUCAGUUUCGGGGCACGCUUGUGCCGCUCUUGCGCACGCUAGCUCAUCGCACAAUGUUCGCUCGCGUCGCCUUCUCAGUCGCGGCCGUCGCAGUACCGGAACUGUUUCACGUGCUGGCGGUGAAGGGGAAAAGAAGGUAUCAAGAAUCUUGCUUGAUAUUGACAUAUGGCGGUGAAGACAGCGUUCCUGCAAAAGAUCUAAAUCAAAAAUGAAGCACCAGCAACUCUAGUACAAAGACACAUAUAUGCGUACAAACUUUAUUGCGAUCGCUGCCAGUGCCAGUUGACCACCAAUUGCAAGCCAAAAUUACAGCGAAGUGCGCCGAUUUGUUCUCCUUCGUAAUAUCCAACUGUAGAAUUAUCUACCAUUUUCCAGGUACUACGAGUCUCCCCUCGCGAUGGAGCAGGAGCACGACGGAACGAAUGCACAACCGACCCGAACAUCACUACUGGCGAAGAUCGCAAAGGAGAACAACUCCGAUGAUUGGAAGAGGCCAAAAGCGUUUGCGAGGAGGGAGGUAUUUUUACAAACGUCGUCAGCUGAAGUACAAGUAGAUCAUCAACAAGUAGGGACGAACUUCCUCCAAGUUGGGUCCACCUCUACGCGCAAGGCGACCAGGGAAACCACGCAGGUGUCGGAAGAUAAGAGCAAGGUGGUACUCAGCCACAGCCGCGCAUCCUCCUCAACCUCUCAAGAACGUCGGGCAAGAAGUACAACUACCCAGCGUCGGAGGUUGCUCCGCGCGCAAACGGAGCAGGAGAUGGAGUUUCGCAUGAAGUUUGGGGAUGACAUGCUGUCCAUUGUGCUCUCGAUUAUCGGCUCGGUCGUGGUGUGCAUUCUGAUGAACACGGUGGUUGUACCGCUCAGCUGUGGCUCCAACGCUGCCGUCUGCAAUCCGUGGAAGUUCGAGGGGCCGGGCUGCUGUUGCGACCUGAACAAAGCCCCGGCUCCGGCCGUCAAAGUCGACGAGGCGCCGAAAAAAGAAGAGAAAAAAGGAGGCUUCAACUUUUAG